AUGGGUAUCGAGACGCCCUCCAUCCAAGCGGUCGUCGCCGCCAACGGUGGGCCUACUCCUUCGCCGAAAGAGGAUGGGAUGGCGCGUUUGGGGGCGGAAGCGAAGGAUGAGAUGGUGGCGCUUCACGCGGCGGAAAAGGCGGCGCGGGCAGAAGAAGAGGAAGAUGUAGAUGACUACUACCUCGCCGAGGCUGAUGACAACGAAGCCGACGCUAGAGAGUUUAGGGAUACCUGGAACAGGCUAUUUUCCGGCGUCUACGGCUGCUUCGAAGACACCACAAAGAUCCCUAACAAGCGUUUCACGUUCAAGAAGCCUAAAUGGCGGGAUGCUGCUGGCCUACCGACUACGCUGCAGAUCUUUUCACUCAAAGUCGCAUGGAUAAGGGGUGGCUUACAGUGGCCCCUCCAUGUGUUUGGGAUGGUUGCCAUACGAGACUCAGUUGAUCAAAAUCGCAAUAUGAUCUUUGAUCGCUCGAGAGAUAACUGCCAAAUUCUUACACAAGAGGUUCCUUAUUUGAAACUGACGGGUCCUUCGCGUGCUGUUGAGUUUUCCGACCCUCCGACCUUUGAGGUUGAUCUGAAAGUUAAGGGCGCUACUGAAUCGAAUGAUCGAUGCUUGAGUUUUCUAGCCAUAACCUACAUCAACUAUGAGGGCGUUCACUCACGCCACCUUACAAGGGAGUACCAUAGCAGGCUUAGCACACUGGAGUUUGCACUUGACUCUAUGUCUUUUUCGGUCGAGGCAACAAUUGCUUUGCGAAUCACCAGUGGGGAAUGGCCAAGUGGUUUCCGUUUAAAGUUUACUGCUAGUACCACCAGCAUAAGUUGUGCGAAAGUCAUCUUGCUUGAUUCUGGCGACGAUAAAGUGUCUGUUGUUGGUCAUGGAAGAAAUAUCAAGCUUUCACGUUCUGUUGUAUCUGUUGUACGUCUUGUGGAGCUGCUCAAGGUUUGUGCGAAGGCAUUGCAAGGUGAUCACAUUGUUGCUGGUAGACGAAUGCUUUUCAAGCCUCAGAAAGAUGGUGUGAGCGUUGGCACUCUGCGCCUUGGCUUCUGCACAUUGGGUGUUACUAUCUAUUGGUCGCUUAUUGGAUACUAA